AUGUUAAUCCUGGUUACGAUGGAUUCACUCCAGGUUACAGUUACAAAUUUGACAGGUGCGGUGAAUGCACUUAUGGACCGAUUAAAUGGUCUGGAAAGGCGUGCAUCGUGCUUGGACACACUCCAAAACAAAAUCGCUUUGUUAGAAGCUGCUACCCCGGAGCGAGUAGCGGAAGAAGUUCCAGUUCAACCCCGAGCUCCAGCAACUGAGGCGGAAUUAAGAGAUAUCUCGAGGCUUCCAGACUCCGUAAAGGAGCUACAGAUUUUUAAUGGUAAUCCAACGAUGUAUGUGUCGUGGGUGCACGCUGUCGAAAGCAUCCUUACGGAUUUCGAGCCAGUGAAGAAUAAGCCCAUCUAUCGGGCAAUCCUACAACACGUUCGCCAAAAGAUACGAGGGCCGGCCGAUACUGCCCUCAUAUCCUAUAGUAUUUUUGACACUGACUGGGCCGCCAUGAAGGAAUGUCUAUCACUCCAUUGUGUGGACAAACGUGAUAUCAGCACCUUGGAGUACCAACUCCACCAACUCUCCCAAAAGGAUUCACGGCUCGAUGACUUCUACGGAGCCGUGAACCACCACUUUGCCCUAAUAAUUAAUAAACUUAAAACUGAGAAAUAUUCUCAGGAGACAGUCCGAGUACUGAUAGACACGUACAGGAACCGCGCGCUGGAUGUUUUCAUCCGCGGAUUGAAUGGGGAUCUCUCGAAGAUGCUCCUGGUUCAGCGCCCAAAGACUCUACCCGAAGCAUAUUCAAGGUGCCUCGAAAUACAAAAUACAAACUUGAGAAAUUACACAGUGCAUAAUACGCGAUUCAAUAAUCGCAUUGUCGCACCGAUGAACACCAUGCCAGAACGCAUGCAUGGCCUAGAGGGCAACAAGGCACCUCCGCCACCACCAAGGACGACAUACCGUCCCCAAGAGCGACGAUAUCCCUUCGAAAAACGAGGUGGGUACACUGCUCCAAAACGAGAUCCUCCAACAACCUCUCAGCCACCCGUCGAGAAAAUGGACGUAGACCAAUCUACCCAGUCCCGUAAGGUAAACUACAUGAAUAGACCAAAUCCUUUUAAACGAGGUGCAAGGUCAGACAAUCUUCCGCGGAAACAGCAAAAGCUGUUCAACAUAGAAACAGAGGGCACGAACGACGAAGUGAAUAACUACCUACAGAAUGCACAAGAUGCACAGGAGGAGAAUUUUUUUAUCCGACGGCCAUCUAGCGUACCUUACAUAGAGUACGUACUCCCUGACGGCCGCAUCCUAGACUUUCUCAUCGACACUGGUGCCAAUAAAAAUUUCAUCAGCCGAACGAUCGUAAAGCAAGGUAAUGCGGUCGAAAACCCUUUCUCCGUAAGAUCAGCUGGCGGAAAUAUUCUCAUAAAAGAAAAAAUUAAUUUAAACCUGUUUAAAGACAUAAGUAGCGACUCCGAGACAACCUUCUUUGUGCUCCCAGGAUUGACGUCAUUUGAUGGGAUCAUAGGAGACGACACACUUAGGGAUAUAGGUGCUAUAGUUGAUAGGAAAUCGAACAUCCUGAAGGUAAACGAACACAAAAUUCCAUUGAAAGCUCGCAUAUCUACGCAAGUAAACUAUACGUUGUCUAAAGAUCUCCCUCCUGACACAGAAGGAAAAGUGCGUAACCUUAUUGAUAAAUUUAGCGAUCUUUUCUUACCCCUAAACGGGACGGAAUUAGUGGACACUUGCGUUCGAGCUGAAAUCAAGACAACGACCCCUGAACCUAUUUAUAGCAAAAGCUAUCCCUAUCCUUCUUGUAUGAGAGAAGAGGUCAACCGACAAGUUGACGAGUUGUUAGAAGAAGGAGUUAUCCGACCUUCCAAGAGCCCAUAUAACUCUCCUAUUUGGGUGGUUCCUAAAAAACCUAAGCCCGAUGGGGAGAAACAGUACCGAAUGGUAAUAGAUUACAAAAGGCUUAACGCUGUAACGAUCCCCGACACCUACCCUAUUCCGGAUAUAAACGCUACCUUGUGUAGUCUUGGCAACUCUCGCUACUUCACAACCAUUGAUUUGACUUCAGGGUUCCAUCAAAUCCCUAUGAAGGAAUCCGACAUACCAAAAACUGCUUUCUCAACGAUGAAUGGGAAGUAUGAGUUUUUGAGAUUGCCUUUCGGCCUUAAAAACGCACCGGCCAUUUUUCAACGCAUGAUCGACGACGUACUGAAACAAUAUAUCGGCAAAAUCUGCUACGUUUACAUAGACGAUAUCAUUGUGUUUGGUAAGGAUGUCGAUGAUCAUUUGAAGAAUGUCGAAAUGACUGAGGUUGAAUUUUUAGGGUACAUCAUCACCCCCGAAGGAGUUCGUCCUGAUCCAAAAAAGGUCGAGGCCAUGAACUCAAUCUUGCCACCACGCAAUUUGAAAGAUCUAAAAAGUUUUUUGGGAAUGACCUCCUACUAUCGGAAGUUCAUUCGGGACUAUGCAAAAAUAGCUAAGCCAUUAACAAACCUAACGCGUGGGCAAAAUGCACAAAUAAGGGCCAGCGCAUCAAGGAAGGUAGCAAUACAACUUGACAGUGCCGCCUUGCAGGCCUUUACUGACCUGAAACGUGUGCUAACCUCUGCCGAUGUUCUGUCAUUUCCUGAUUUCGGCAAGCCUUUUAACCUGACCACUGACGCAUCGAACUACGCAAUUGGUGCAGUUCUAUCACAGGGGGAUAUGGGUACGGACAAACCAAUUGCAUAUGUUUCUCGUUCCCUAAACAGGACUGAGGAAAACUACGCCACCAAUGAAAAGGAGAUGUUAGCUAUUGUAUGGGCAUUAGAUAAUUUGAGAUCAUAUUUGUACGGUUGCAAAAAGAUAAGGAUAUAUACUGAUCACCAACCUUUAACCUUCUCCUUGAGCUGCCGCAAUUAUAAUGCAAAAUUAAAAAGGUGGAAGGCACGAAUCGAGGAGUAUAACUGCGAAAUAAUUUAUAAGCCAGGGAAGGCUAACGUAGUUGCCGAUGCUCUUUCACGUCUGAAGACCGAAGUUAACGCUUUAACGGAUUCUGUGGUGGCUGAACCGUCAGGAAGCGAAAUUGGAAACAAUGAUGAGGAUGCUGCAUCGGAGGCAACGAUUCACUCCGCUGAACAAGAUAAUUCCGAUCUGAUACCGCAUGUAGAGGUACCCAUAAACGUCUUUAGGAAUCAGCUGAUAUUUAGGGUGGGUCAAGAAUCUCGAUGCCAUGAGCAACCGCAUCAUGGUUACCGCAGAUAUUUUAUUUCUUUACCAAACAUCGAUAGGUCGAACCUCAUUCCAAUUCUUAAAGAAUGCCUUAACCCUAAUGUCAUAAAUGGCAUAAAAAUCCCUGAGGAAUUUAUCCAACUGUUGCAAAACGUGUAUACGGAUAACUUCCACAGCAUCUGCCUCUGCGCAACCGCGCACUCUUAUGAGAUAUUUAAAAUAGACUCACCACUGGCUUCUAUACGAGAUGGGUACGGUUGGAUCAUCGAUGGGCACUUUAAGCUCAUUCACAUAAUUGAUCUGGAGCGCUAUGACUUGGCAACGGCUCAACUGGAGCGUUCAUUAAGCAACCUCAAUGAAACAACAACAACAACAACAGAGGUACUACUGUUCCAACUUAACAGAAUUCACAUGCACUUAAACGAGCUAAGAGGGCACAAACUUGCGAGAUCAAAGCGAUCCAUUAAUUGGAUAGGGUCUGCCUGGAAGUGGGUAGCCGGUUCACCAGAUGCCACUGACUGGGAUAAGGUCCUCAGCAACGAGAACUCCCUUAAUCAAAAUAAUAACAGACAAUACAAGGUAAACAAUGCAAUUUUCAAGAAAACUAGCGAAUUAUUGCAGAAGCUAAACACCAUUGUGACGAUCACAAAUGACGUCGUUGAGCGGAGAAUCAGGGAAAGGCUCGAACAGGAUGUCCAAAACAAAAUAACCAUUCUGAAAGAAGACGUAAACGAGCUGAUACGCGCCUGCCAAAUGGCCAAGGCUGGCAUCGUCAACAGCAACCUGCUAAGCAAGGAAGAAGUUAACCAGCUUGUUGGCGAGAUCGACAUCCUUCCAUACAGUAAUGCCAUCGAAGCGAUCGAGUAUAGUACACCCUCGAUCUACACUAACAACACGCUAUUGCU